AUCAUUCUUGAAAAUAUUAUUUAUUCAAAAUGUUUUAUAUUAAAGCUCCUACAGGACAAAUAUCAUUUCAUAUUUUAGAAAAGUGCGUUUUGGAUAGGUUAGAAUAUUUACAAUUAUUAUACGAGAAUAAAAGUCACGAAUUUAAUGGUAAUUUUGAAUAUUUAUUAGAAAAUUCAGCAUAUGAUAAAAUCGGACAUUUUAUAUUACGAUUAUUGGCAUCUGUGUCAGGAAAACUAUAUAAUUAUUGGAUUGCGAAAGAAAUAUUAUUAUUUAAAACUAGAUUAAAUUAUAUUUUACCUAGACAAUUACAUAAAUUAUUUAAGAACAUUUUAUGUCAAUUGGGAGAAUUCACAGACAAAAAAAAAUUAAUUAAUAAAACAUUAAACGACAUAUGUAUUUUUUUUUUAAAACCACUUGUCUUUAAACAUCUUGUAUCAAAAAAUCAUACAAAAAAUUGUAAUCUUUACAAAAUUAAAGUACGAUUUGAAAUAGUACCAGAUUUAAUAACAAAACGAAAACUAAAUUUGAAUGAUGGAUAUGUUACUAUAUAUUGCUCCAAAUGGAAAAAAUUAUUAAAAUCAUUAUUUUGUACUUAUAUAACCAAGCAAGUAAUAUGUAUGAAAACAAAAGCACAAUAUAUAAUAAAUCAAGAUACUAGACUUAAUUACUUAUAUUAUAAAAUUCAUUCUAAAGUAUUUAAAGAAAAUUGUCAAAUAUCAAUAAAAUAUAGAUAUAUAACUAAAGAAAAUAUAGAUAAAGAAGUAAAAAAUUUCCCACUUUGUAUGCAACAUUUGCAUAUAAAAUUAAGAAAAACACAUAGACUUAGUCAUUAUGCUCGUUUAUAUUAUAGUCUGUUUUUAAAAGAUGGUGGAAUGCAGUUAGAAGAUGCUAUAAAUUAUUGGAAAGAAGAAUAUUCCAAACCUCAUACCUGUUCUUCUACUUGUUCACAUAAUUGGCAAAUGAAUGAACAAAAAUUUAUAUACAAUAUUCGACAUUUUUAUGGUUUAGAAGGAUCCAAAAGAAAUUAUAAGUCACCUACUUGUGAAAUGAUGUGUAUGAGUGCAUCAAAUCCCAUAUAUGAAGGAGGAUGUCCAUUUAAAAAUUUUGAUAUAAAUAUAUUAAAAAAUCUCUUAUGUUUAUCAUUAUCAAAUGAUCAUAUAACAAAAGUAUUGAACACUCUAUCUUCUCAAAAUCCUCAAACUGCUUGUGCUGAAUUCUUUAAAAUAUUAAAUCAAAGAAGUAAAAAUAAUAUUAUUAUUAGUAGUCCUCUACAAUAUUAUUUCAAAAUGAUAAAUCAAAUUUAA